AUGAGUUCGAUAUUAUUUGAUUUGGAUGAUGAUAUUUGUCUAAUGUCCACUUCUGAUCCUACUGUUUCAUCAAACACGUCCUCAAGUUGUCUUGCUGAUCGUUCAACCUCGUCUUCUUCAAACUUUUAUACUUCACAACAAUUAAAACAAAUGCUAUUAAAAAAUGAUGAAAACGUUCGUCUUGAAGAUAAUAACUCAACGAAGGUAUUGCCAGCUUGGUGGAGAUCUUUUAGAUAUAUAUCUUUAAAAAAUAAAAAAAAUGAUUUUGAACGUACUACUGGUUUAAUAGCAUGUUUUAAAUGUUCUUCUGUAUUUCGCUAUGGGCCUAAAAGCAGAGCAAAACAUUUUGUUGCACAUGCAAGCCGAUGUUCUCCAUUAAAUUCAUCAGAUUCUAUUGCAAGUGAUAAAUUAACAAGUAAAGAAAAAAAUGAAAUUAAAGAUCUUUAUGCAAACUGGAUUUGCUCAGAUCUACGACCAUUUACAUUAGUUGAAGAUUAUGGUCUUGAACGCAUAGCUAGUGCUGAACAUGGUCUUGUAGAUAUUAAAGAACUACUACCAAGUCGUCAGACAGUCGUUCGUACUGUUAAUGAUUUGGCUAAUAAAUGUCGUGCUGAUUUAAAAAGUGAACUGAUUGAACCAAUACGUGCAAAAUCAGUUACUAUUGCACCUGAUUUUUGGUCAACCAAACACAACAAGCAGGCCUAUUUAGGACUUAAUGCUUCCUAUGUAAAUUCAGAUUAUGAAUAUAAAGUUAUUGAUUUAUUGUGCCGUCCCUUUAAUGGUACUAAAUUAUAUGAUUUAAUACUUGAAGUGACUCAAGACGAAAAUUUAUCAAGCUCUUCUGAAUCAGAAUGUUCAGAAUUAGAUGAAGAACAACAACAACAAAAAUCAAAUGAAUAUUCACCAUUAGUCAAACCAAGAUGCAAAAAAAUUUCAACAAUAAAAUAUAAUGCACAAAAACUAUCAAUUAAUGAGAUACCACCUGAAGCUAAACAAGUUUUAUUUAUACUGAAGCAAGCAAAAAAGCUUGUAAAAAAACUAUUAACUGGUAAAGAAAAGCGAAAGUUAAUUACGGAUUUAAAUUUACAAUAUCUGAAACAAUUUUGUGUUCUCUUAAAACCUUUUCAACACGUUAUAGUAUCUGUUCAAGUCGGUGAUGCACCAUCUCUUUAUCUUGUUCCAAUGUCUUAUGCCACAUUGAAAGAAGUGUUACAAUCGUUUGAAUUAAUUAAAAAGUAUAAUGAAGAAAAUAUGGACUUAAAAAAAGAAAAUAGUCUAUUUGAUGAUUCAUUUGAUAAUGAUCUUGAGAACGAAUUACCAGGAAUUAAAUGGUUUCGUGAGAGAUUAUUGGUACUGCUAAAUGAAAUGAUGAUUUUAGAUAUUCGACAAGUAGCAGCAACUCUACUUCAUCCACGGUACCGAUGCUUGAAAAAGAUGCCUGAUUACGUGAAGAAUCAAUGUUACAGAUAUGUUAGGCAACAGAUAAAAAAAAGAGAUCAAGAAGAAGAAGAAGAAGAAAAAAGUCGACAACAACCCUGUGAACCACCAGCAAAACGAAUCAAAAACCAAAGAAAUAUUUUUGCAAGAUUCGAAUCCGGCAAUGUAAGUGAAGAACUUGAUGAUAAUAAUGGAAGUGGUAAUGAAAGUGAAGAAUAUGAUUAUGGUAUAAGAAAAAGCGAUGAGCUUGAUCGGUACCUCUUGUUCGAAUUUGACAAGAGUAAAAAUACAACAGAACCAUUAGAGUUUUGGAAAAAUCAUCAAAAAACAUUUCCAUUUCUUUCGAAAUAUGCUAGAUCAAUCUUUUCAAUUCCCGCUACAACAACAAACGUGGAGCGAGAAUUUUCUACAGCUGGCUGGAUAUUGAAUGAAAGAAGAACAACUCUUCAACCAGAAAAUUUAGAAAAUAUUUGA